AUGUAUGUUUUUCUAAGCAAGCGACAGUGUGUCAAGGCAGAAGCUGUGCAUCUGGACAGGGGUCAAAAAGAUGAGAUAUUUGUUGUGAAAUGGAAUCCUAUUGAUGCUAACAAGCUUAUCACAGUUGGUGUGGAACAUAUCAAAUUCUGGACGCAGGCAGGUGGAGGUUUUACAUCCAGCCAAGGAACUUUUGGGAAGAUCGCCAAGAACUGUGAUAUGUUGUGUAUAGCUUUUGGAAAAACUGAAGACAUAACAUAUUCUGGUGGCAGUGAUGGUAACAUGUUUGUCUGGGCUGGAACUAAUUUACAGAAAAUUGUCAAAGCUCACGAGGGACCGUUGUUUGCUAUGCACUCACUUGAUAAGGGUUUUGUGAUUGGUGGAAAGGAAGGUGUUAUUGGUCUAUGGGAUGACCAGUUUGAGAGAUGCCUGAAGAAUUACCACAUAAAACAAGAGAAACUGUCUCCACAGUCACGAGGUCGACUCCUCACGGACUCACCAGCCAUACGUGCCAUAGUGAUGGGACAUGGGAAGAUAUUAGUGGGAACUAGAAAUGGAGAAAUUUUACAAGUGGAUAAAGCUGGAUCGAUUACACUUCUUACACAAGUAUGUAUUUUAACCCUUACCCUGCUAAAUUUCUGUAAUGAACUUGUCCAUGUUAGGAGAGCUAUCCUACUCAGCCCAGCGUUGGCGUCUUUCAGCGUCCCCAAUUUGAAUAAAAGUUUUUUUUGCACUUUCUCUUUUUUCUCCUUCUUGAUGGAUUUGCUUUAAACUUAAAAUACAGUACAAUCGCGAUCCUACGAAAAGUUAAGGGUGUUUUAUUAUGGGUCUAAGGUCUGAACUGCACCAUUAUAUAACAAUACAUACAUUCAAGUAGUAGUAAAGCUUAUUAAUAUUCAUGAAGGCGGAGCCUACAGUACAUUGACUUAUGUAUCCAAACAUCUCCCCUCCUUUAAUAUGAAUAAAUUACCUUAUACUAUGUUUCAUUAAUAAUAUCAAGUUGCAUGGUAAAUAUUAUCAGCAACUUAAUGAAGUAAUUUCCUAUCUGAUUUUCUCUACAUUAAAAUGUGAUUAAGACUAUUAAACACAUAACACCUAUGUUUGGGAAAUAACAGUUUUGUCAUACACUACAUUGUUUUGGUAACUCUUGUCCGCACUCUAAGUCGAACAUUUCAGGCUAAGUUCGAUAAUUAGCCAAAUCGGUCUAGGCAUUUUGGAGUUACGGCCCUUGAAUUACCAAAAAAUCGGCCUUUUUACUCUUGUCCACACUCUAAGUCGAACAUUUCUCAUCUGAUCUUCACCAAACUUGAACAAAAUGUGUUUGACCAUGGGACCUCGGCCAAGUUCGAUAACUAGCCAAAUCGGUCCAGGCAUUUUGGAGUUAAGGCCCUUGAAUCAUAGGGGCAGUUGUGGGAGACAUGCGCUUUUCUCAAAAGCAUCUCUAGUUGCCCUUUGAUUAUUCAGCAGUAGUAUAUUAUAGUACAAUUUUUGUCAGAAGUAUUUCUCAGUGACCACUUGUUGGAAUUAAUAGCCAUACUUCAUCGGAAGCUUUACUAACAAGAGGAGAUAUUCAUAUUAUCUUCGUGUUCGAGUUGGAUCAUUUUUCACUGAUUUAUUGUCCUUUGAUUAUUCAACAUUGGUAAACUAUAGCUUCAUGAUCAUAGUCACAACCACUGCCUGGAGUUCAGCAAGCAGUUUUUUUUUUUACAUCAACUCUUACUUAAUAUAAGAACACUUCAGAAAAUUGAUUUCCCCAUAAUUUUAUAUGCAGUUUAAGGUAAAUUAUAUAUCUAAGUUUCCUGAUUGGGAAGACAAAUAUCCAAUUUGGGAAAUUUUGAAAUUUGAAUAAAAAUUUAUUAGGACUUAAAAAUGGGUAGAAAUUUAGAAAAAUCUGGGCUCACAGUGGUGUGUUUUAUUUAAUGAUACCAUGCAUAUUUUGAGUGGAAAGCAAAGUGCUAUAUUUAGUUUCCUCUUUUGGAAGUAGGGAAAAACCCAUAGAUUGUUUCCCAAACGGGAAGUUUCGCCUACUUGAUAAAAUAAAAUGAGUGUGUUGACCUGUGCCUUUUCUGCUCUUAUAUAUGUUGGAAAUUAAUGUUCUUCAAGCUCAGAAUAUGAAAAAAUUCUUAAGUAGAAAAAAAUUGAUCCUACAUCCUUAGUUGGCUGUUUUUUGGUUUUGGCUGUUGACUAGCAAACCAUUUUAGCUCGACUUUUCGAAGAAAAAGUAGAGCUAUUGCACUGGUCCCGGUGUCACUGUUGGUUAAAAGUUUUUGAUGAAGUCAAAUAUCUCUGUUACUAUCAAAGCUUUUGACUUGAAACUUAAAAUAAUUUUUUACUAUCAAUUCUACACCAGGAGAAAAAAUCCCCAUAACUCUGAUUUGAAUUUUUACAGAGUUAUGCCCCUUUUUUAACUUAGAAUGUUUUGGUUAAAGUUUUUCAAAGUUUUUCCUGGCAAAGCUAUAAUUCAGAGUCAGGCUCUGAGAAAAUUCGAGCAUGCUGUCUUACUGACAGCUGUUGUUAUUACAUGACAUCAGUAUAAAAUAAUUAGUUAUUUUUAUAGUUUUGACUCUAGCCCAACAAAAUAUGGUAUUGAACUUCACACCGUCAUAUAGUAGAAACUAUGGACAGACAAUUUAUAGAAGGAUUCAUGUAACCGAGUAUUGCUUUUUAUAACCCCAUAAAACAAGUUUAGGAGAGAUAUUCUGGAGUCUUCAAGGGACAGGUGGUCAAGUUCAUUUUUUGGUACAGAGGUAAAAGAUCACAAGAUAUAGGCAGAAGAUAUUUCAUUUACAAUGCAUUAGUUUUUGCCAGAGUUAUGGCCCCAUUUUGACUUGAAAUUCAGCAAAAUGUUGACAUUAUAUUUAAUUUGAAUUUAUUUUUGAUAGAUAGGAACAGAAAAAUCAGUGUGUAAUUGAAAGUUCUUAAAACAGAAAAGUAGAAACCUACUAUUACUGAUGGUAGUUUAAAUGCUGUUACCGUUCAUACCCUCUAGCCCCAGGGUGUGCAAGAACUCAACAUUUGCACACGUUUCAAGAACUAAAAUAUAUUUUCUUGUAACAUGUAGACAAAAAAUUGACAUUUUCCUGUUUGCUGUAUAAAUUUGGUAUUGUAAUUUAAUAUUUUAGUUGUGUAUUUUGCAAAGUAUAUUUUUUUUUAAUAUGCGAGUGUAUAUACAGUGUGAUAUGCAGAUGUAUAAAUUGUGUAAUUUGCAUCAGAUAUAUAGUGUUAAUUGCAUAAAAGGUGUAUCAUGUGAUUAGUAUUUUGUAUUUAUUGUGUAAAAUGGUAGUGUAAAAUUGUGUAUUGUGCAAACAAUUUAUAUUUUGUAUAAACUGUACAAAAUGAUGAGUAAAAUUGUGUAUUAUGCAAGCAAUUUCUUUUUAUUGUUGUCAGUGACUAAGUGAUUGAUAUAGGGACGUCAUGGCCCUCCUGUUUGUAUAAAUUGUGUAAAAUGGAAGUGAAAAAUUGUGUAUUACACAAGACUAGUAUAUCACAUGAUUUCAGUAUAUUUUUAUGCCCCCGAAGGGAGGCAUAUAGUUUUUGAACCGUCUGUCGGUCUGUCAGUCUGUCAGUCUGUCCGCAAUUUUCGUGUCCGGUCCAUAUUUUUGCCAUCCAUGGAUGGAUUUUCAAAUAACUUGGCAUGAAUGUGUACCACAGUAAGACGCCCGUGUCGCACGCAAGACCCAGGUCCGUAGCUCAAAGGUCAAGGUCACACUUAGACGUUAAAUGUCAUUUUUCAUGAUAGUGCAUUCGUGUCCGGUCCAUAUCUUUGUCAUCCAUGGAUGGAUUUUCAAAUAACUUGGCAUGAAUUUGUACCACAGUAAGACGAUGUGUCGCGCGCAAGACCCAGGUCCAUAGCUCAAAGGUCAAGGUCACACUUAGACAUUAAAGGUCAUUUUUCAUGAUAGUGCAUUCGUGUCCGGUCCAUAUCUUUGUCAUCCAUGGAUGGAUUUUCAAAUAACUUGGCAUGAAUGUGUACCACAGUAAGACGACGUGUCGCGCGCAAGACCCUGGUCCGUGGCUCAAAGGUCAAGGUCACACUUAGACGUUAAAGGUCAUAUUUCAUGAUAGUGCAUUGAUGGGCGUGUCCGGUCCAUAUCUUUGUCUUUCAUGCAUGGAUUUUAAAAUUAUUGGGCAUGAAUGUGUACCACAGUAAGACGACGUGUCGCGCGCAAGACCCAGGUCCGUAGGUCAAAGGUCCUAAACUCUAACAUCGGCCAUAACUAUUCAUUCAAUGUGCCAUCAGGGGCAUGUGUCAUCCUAUGGAGACAGCUGUUGUUUGUUAAUAAUAUAAGGUCGUAUCUGUAACUUGUGACCCAGUUUUCGGUAGGUUUUAGAAAUAUGUCCUGAAGACUAAGGUCUUAUCUGCUACUUACAAUCUUUUAAGAAUGGAUAUCAGGUCAUUCUAGAUGCAAGAACUAUAUACAGUCGACAUUGUAUUAAGAGACCGCCCAAGGGACUACUAAAAAGUGGUCUCUUAAUGGGAUGGUCUCUUAAUAAAUUUCAGUCAG